AACUGCCAAAGUCUUAUCCUGAACGGAUACUCCAAGGCCUGAGAUCGGUGGUAGCUAGUUGCUCACGGCGAACCAUGGCCGGAAUCGAGGGACCUUCCGGCGACGACGAACAAUAUGUAUAUAGGAUCAGCACUGUGGACGAAUGGGAAGAGCUUCAGAAAUCUGGCUUUAUCUUCGGCGGCGAACUUGACAAAUCCACCGGUUGUUUCCAUCUCAGUAAGCUCGAUCAGGUUCAAUCUACAUUACAAAACUUCUUCUUAAAUACAAAGAUUGAGCUAUAUCUGCUUCAAGUUGAUGCCAAAGAGUUAGGGGAUGGAUUGGUGUAUGAAAGAGUAGACGAAUCGAAUGUGUUUCCCCACUUUUAUGGACCAUCUAGAAGCUUCGCCCCUCUUCCCUUUACUGCAGUUAAGAAAGCAGAGAAAAUAACUCUAUCCGAUGGAAAAUUCAGUUGUAGCUUGUUUGAUUGAGCUGCAAUAAGUAUGUAUGCAACUGAUUUUCGCGAAACUUGUUCAUGCAUGUCUUUUGAUGGUUUUACGUUUUUGUGUUUAUCCAUGGAUAUUAUUGUUGGGUUAGACAAAAGCUAGCUGUUUGUUUUAAUUGGGUAUGAAGUUAUGAACUAUGAACUAGAAGAAUGAAAUUGGAGUAUUGUUGAUUCUGCAGUAA